GAAUCUCAUUAUUCCCUCGCGUUGAACGCGCAAUGUGAAAUAAUCAAAAUUCGCUCGGUGAGAACUCGAUUUUCAAAAGCAAAGUUACUAAUUUUUAAUAGUUUUAUAAACAAAAAAGUAAAUAAAAGCGGCAGCAUGCCUUAACAAAUGGUGUGAAAAUCGUAAACGUCAUAGCAGAAAAAAGGAGAGCCAAGUGCGACUCAACAAAAAAAAAAUAAUAAAGAAAAGAAAAGCAAGGUGCCAGUAAAAAGAAGAAAACCAGUUAUGUAUGCGAAGUCGCGCAGUGUUUCCUUUUUGUUGAGCAAAAAGCAACAUUUUAUGGCGAAAAAAUGUUAAAUGAAAGUGUUGUGCGAUUCGUUUAAAGUGAGUGUUUUAACGCUUAUUAAUUAUAUGGGCACAAAACAACAACAAGUCCAACAACAAUUAAUGGCCAGACAAGGUUACAUUUUCCAUGACAACUUCACGAUCCACAAAAAAUUGUUGAAAAAACAGACCAAAAGCCGAUUUCAAGCGAAUUUCUUGCUGCAAUAAGAUAUAUCUACAACACUAAAAAUUUAAUUGUACAACAACAAGUGCUGCAAUUGGCACAAUUGGCGAUAAAUCAGCAGCAGCAACAUUAAGAGAGACGCCGCUUGAACUUUUCGCAGACAACACAAAACGAAGAGGGGGAAAAACGAAUAAAAAAACAAAAAAAAAACGAAAUAGAAUACAAAACGAGAGAAUAUCUAGCAUAAGCGGAGGGACACGAGGCAGUGCAUCAUUUAAACAAGAAGCAGAAGACGGUUUCGGUUUCGCUUUGGCUAUUUUGAGAUACAUUUUUUUGGCCCACGCGUCUGCGAGGAAUGCAGCAUGUGGCCAUGUAAAGGCAGCAGCAGCAGCAGUAACAGCAACAGCCACAGACAAAGCAACAAUAACUACAACAGCAGCAGCAGCAAGUACAACUACAACUACACAGCACUUGCAACGCGCAACUUGAAGUGAAGUCGCGGCAAGUGCAACUUCAACACUUGCCUGUCAACUUGGCAGUCACACUUGGUAUUCAAGCAGCCACACCGGAAGCGUUGUCGUGUCCAUGACUUGAGUCUUUCAAAGGGGCUAGGCCUUUAAAGCAUAAGCUAUCCCCCCUACCCAUCCAUCCAUUACAAGAAUAUUCCACUACCAAAUUCACUACCGCUCCAAUGGACGCAGCAACGACAGCAACACAAGCAUUGGCCACAGCAGCAGCCACACAGAUUGCGCCACGCUCAUUGGAUCAGCAGGAGGAGCCCGUGGUGGGUUCACCCAAUCACUCGCACUACUCGAAUCUCACCAACAGUAGCAACAGUAGCAGCAACGCCAGCAGCCCUUCGGUGGCCAGCGAUACCAGCCACAGCUCGUCCUCCUCCUCGUCGGCGCCGCAGUACAGCGAAGAUCUACGACGCCAGCAGCGACAGCGUGUCUCACACUCGGGCAGCGGCAGCGGCUCGGCCAAGAACUGUGAGUUGGAUGUGGGCGAGGAGGAACGUGACACCUUCUCGCCAGUGUCCAGUCCCGAGUGCAACGGCGCUGCAGCAGCUGCGCUGGUUACUGCGGGCACAAGUCGAGAGAGGGAACGAGAGCGUGAUAAUAAGAGCUACGAGUGUAAAUUGAAGCCGCCGUCGAAGGAGGAAAAGCAGCGACAGAACGAGGAGAUUGUGUGCAUGGAAACGUCGACGGUCUCCACAGAGACCGGCUCCUGGGAGUCGGUCUAUCCGAAUGCGUUGCCCGCUCCAUCGCAGGCGCCACUUGAGGGGAUUACCGCCAGCUGUUUGCUGCGUGAAUUCGAGAAGCGUGGAGCCGAGCAGUUGAGCACAUCGGGACACAGUGCUUGCUUCAUUGAUGCCUCGUCGCUGCGCGAUGAGGAUGAGGUACUCUCUUUUCCCAGUCUCGAUGGCCAGCAAGCCAACGAACCAGAGCCACCCGAUGAUGAGGCAGAUGCAGAUGCUGAUGAUGAUGAGGCUGAUGUUAAACCCGAGUCGGAAAUGGAACUAGAACAAUUCCACAAAGCGUUUGCCAAGUGCAAGGCGCCGCCACGCAGCAGUCAAUCGAAUUGCAGCUCCGAUGUGGACGAUGAACCGCAACCGGAUUCGAACAGCGCCACACACAAUCUCUCCGACGAGGAGAAGCUGUGGAAGCGUGACCAACAGUUGCCCGCCAGCGGUGGCGUCACCGAUGCCACCGAAGCCAGCAGCGUUUCGCUGCCCGCCGAUGCCGAUUCCUCGGACUCCUCGUUGAGUGCGCGACGUCGACGAGUGGCGCCAACAGUGCAAGCAACUGCACCAAUGGCGGUGCCGUAUCACUUUCAGCACAAUGCGCAACAGUUUAGCGUGCAUCCGUUGGCCAGCAGCCCGAAGUUUGCCUCGCAUCAUGCGCCCGAUCUCAGCUACACCACAGACUACUCCUCGAGCAGUCCGGGACACAGCAUUGUCUGGUCAUCCGAGCAGCAGCCGCAGUCGCAGCCCCGACAACAGCAACACACUGCGGCGCCGUUGCCUUCCCUGGCCACCGAGACGCCGCACAAUUCGAUGGUGCAUGUGCUCGAUGGGCAUCAGGUGGGCAGCAACAAUAGCUCCAUACAUCGAGAUUACACGUUGAGCUCAUCGUUGUCGCAUCAUCGCGAUUCGGGCGCCUAUUGCAGCGAUGCCACCGAUUCGCCGCUGCCUUUGCCGCGAACUCCAAAACGUUGCUCUAAAUUCGAUGAAGCGAAUCCGAUUGUUUCGGGUGGUGCUUCCAUCGAAGACUUCCGGCAAAAGCAUUGCGAUAGUCCGAGCUUGAAGCGACGCACCGCCGAUUGUCCCAUUGUCUCUGGUGGUUUUGUGUCGUUGGACUUUGCGGCCACGAGACCACAAGACGAUGACGAAGAUGAUGAUGAGGAGGCGCAGGAGGAUGCUGAGUUGGCGGGCGUGGAGCUGCGCGUCAAGUCGAGCGCACAACAGCAACGCAAACCGUUGCCUGGCAUCGCUUCCUGGGUGGUUGACAUGAGCGAUUGUCGCCCGGAGCGACGCAAGAGCAGCAGCUCUACGUCCAGCUUGGAAGCGGCCACCUCGACGCCGUCCCGGUUCCGGGAGCGCUCCGAUUCGAACAGUUCGCACAAGAGCGGCUGUGGUUUCUAUGUGUCACUGGAUGACAUGGACCGAAAGCCAAAGCCGUCGUCACAGACUCAGCCACAGCAACCACAACAGUCUCUAAGUAAAUCCUAUACGGCGCCCAAGGCGGCCAAUUUCUUUGUGAAUCUCUCGCAGAGCGACUACCAGGCCAAGGAGCAGCAACAACAGCAGCCACCGCCAGAGGCAAAGCCAGAGCAGGCGAAUGGUCAGGAGAACGAUAAGAAGAACAAUAUCUUUAGCAUGUUUAUAGACUUUGGUGAGCCGCCCAAGGCGCGUGCACAAAACGGACGCAAGGAGCCCUUUAACCUGGCUCAGCGUUUGUCCAGCUCGCUUAGCGUGGCGCAGCGACGUGGUGACGAUGUGAUGAAGUCCAGCGCUAGCUCCACAGAGACGCUGAUGGCCAAGAGUGGUUCCCAGCUGCAGCAGCAACAACAAUUGCAACAGUUGCCACUGAAAGAGGAAAGCAAAUCACUCGAUUAUCGCUGCAAUCUGGAGCAGCAACCGUUGACUGUGGCUGCUUUACGUCGCAUGCAGGAACCGAGCAAGCGACACAGCUGGGGCAGCAACAACAGCAGCAAGGAUUCAGCGCCAACAAACGAUUGCAAGCGUUCGAUUAGCUUCAGCACAAAUGGCGGCGAUCAAUCAGGAGCUGGUUUGAUGAGCAUCAUUGAUAAGUUGCCUAUCAUUUCGAAGGCAUCUUCGCUGUCGGUGGACAGCUCUUUGUCGCCGUACGAUGAUUACAGUGGCGCCUCGAAUGCGGGAGCCUUGAGUAGCUGCUCUGAUGAGGAGCAACAGCAGGCGGCGCGUAUGAAGAAGCGACGUCGUGAUGCUCAACUCAAUGAGACGUACGAUAAGAGCAGCAGCGUGGCAUCCGCUUUAACCGAAGGUGUGCUCUCCAAGGACAUGUCUCCGGCUUCGAAUACGGACACCGAUGAUCUCACCUUCCAGCAGGAUGAGCAGUUGGCAUUGCGAGAGGUGCAACAGCAACAACAAUUAGCGACGACAACGUUGCCGCUGCAGCUGAGCAGCAGCAGCAAUCGCACCUCGAUCAUGGAGACGAUCAUUGAGGCCAAGGAGACGGCUUCGCCCAAGAAGCAGCCGAAUACAACAGCCGCAACGAAUGGACACACUAUGGAGACGUUGCAUGCCACGAUUGAGAAGCAGAAACAGCUGCUGGAGACGGUCAACGAGCAUGCGGAGCAACCGUCGAGCUUUGUCAAGCUGUCGGACAUGGAUAAACCUGCCGCCAAGCAUGAGUUGCAAUCACCUGAUGCGAUGAGCAAAAGUGCCGGCAACAAUCAGCGCAGCAAUAGCCAACGUUUCUAUCGCGAUCAGCAGGAGCAGCAUCGUGGAGGCGUGGCACGUCCGCAUUCCUGGGCAAUGACACGUUCCACUGGCGGUGGCAACAACGGAGGCAACAAUAUUCAACAGUUUGCCAGCUCGGUGGACAAUUUGCGCAGCUUGUCGCGUCUGUUUCCCAACUUUAGCAAAGAGUUCUCCAACUCGUUGCCCGGUGACAUGACGCUGGACAAUGACAAGCAGCAGCAACAACAGCAAUUGGAUUACAUACAAACGGAUCUGAGUGCGGACUCUAGUUUAGCUUCCAGUUUCAGUCGCUCUGGCAUGGAUGAGUCCUCGUUGAGUUGCCGGCAACCGCGACGCCUCGGCGAGGAUCUGCUCAAGAUGUUUCUGCAGGAGAUCGCCACCGAUAUGCUGGUGGAGGUGCAUGGUCGACGCAUUCGUGCUCAUAAGUGCAUCUUGCGCAGUCGUUGUCAGUAUUUCGCUGCCAUGCUGGCGGGACAUGGCUCCCAGAGCGUGGUUUCGCUGCAGGGUUAUUCCUAUGCUGCGGUGCACUUUGCCCUGUGCCACAUUUACUCGGGUGCCUCGCAUCCGCCGGAUGGCAUUAGUCUGAUGGAGUUGGCUGCGUUGGCUGAUCUGCUGGGACUGGAGGGACUGAAGGAGGUGACGUCGCAUGCGCUGAAGACCAAUUACUGCCACAACUUCCAUAAGCCGUGUUCGGGCUGCAUCGAUGGCAUUCUUCAGGUGCUGCCAGUCGCGUUGAAUCAUGCUCUCGACGAUCUCUAUCGCAAGUGUUUGCGCUGGACGUGCCGACACUAUCUGAAGGUCUGGCCAACGCGACAGUUUGCCCAGCUGCCGCCGGACAUUCUGGGCCGUUGUCGCCAACAAAUUGUAGCCUAUUUGACUUCCGAAUCGGUGCUCGAUACGGUGCUCGACUGCGAUCAUCUGUUGGCACAGCUCUCAGCCUAUCGCUGGGGUCAUGUGUGUGAGCAGCUGGUGCGCGAUAUACUCGACGCUGCUUACGCCUAUGUGGGCGAUCACUUUGCCAGUCUGAUUGCCAGCGAUUCAUUCCUGUCGCUGGGCCACGAUCGCAGUCGUCAUAUACCGCGACUCGAGUCGCUGCUGCUCCAAACGGCAGCUGCGCUCACUCCCGAACAAGCUUGUCGCAGCUAUCAGCGAGUGACACGUUUGAAUACAGUGUUGCAAGCGAAGCUCAUCCAGAUGCCGGUGAAUCUAGGCGAACUGGCCAAGGAGUUGCAGGGACUGCAGGAGGAACAACUCGACUGGCAGCCUGAGUACAUAAGGCUUGUCAGCGCUUUGGUCUAUGCCGUGGAACAGUGUUUGAUCAGGCAGUGUUCGCGUGCCAUGCGUGUGACGGCAUGGCAACGCAUGGAUCUGGAGCUGCGCAAGAAGAUACAGACUAUGGCACGCCUCACCGAACCACUCGAUAUGAAACGCAACGGUGGUAAGCCGGUGAGCAAGGCGUUCUCCUUUGGCGGCAGCACACGCAGUCAGGAUCUGGUGCAGAUCAAGCUGGCCAUACAGGCCCAGUCGAAACGCGCCCAGGCGCAGGAGACGCAUGUCUACAAGGCGACGCAAACCAACUAUGAUGUGCACACCACGGAGCGUGGAGUGCAGGCGCAAUCGCAGACCAAUCACGAUCUGCGCGAGGGCAACAGCAAAUUGCUGAAGUCGAACUCUCGCGCUUAUGUGCCACAGUCGCAAUCGCAGCGCUCCAGCUCACAGACGGCCACCGAACGCCACAGCCUCAACACACAUCGACGCACGCAAUCGGAGGCGCCGCCUGCCACAACGCAAAGGACUGCUCAGAAGGCUGUACAACAACCAACUGCAGUUUCCGAAGCCAAGGUCGUUGCGGCCGCAAAUCGCAGCUCGGCGCCUGUGGUGCGUGCUCGCUAUUUGGAGCCACGCAAGCCACGUGCCGUUAGCAAUACAAAUGGCAACAGCAACCACACUUCGGGUCCCGUACGCAGCUCCAGUUCGACGAUACCGGCAACAGCACGGAGCAAGGCGCAGGCCAAGAAUCUGCACAUCUCUUCCAGCGACAGUUCACGCAACUCGAGUCCAGCGGCGCUGCGACGCGGCCAACAGAAUGGCAACACACGGCUGGGCAACAAGUCGAGCAACAUGUCAUCGGAUAGUUUGGCCAAGAGCGGCUCACGUGAACGCUACUCUUCCGAUCUCAAUGUGGACUCGCUGGCUGAGAGCAUGAAGAGUUCGGUGAUUACGAACAAAACGAUCUCACACGAAUCGCUGUCCAGCAGCUCCAAGUUGGCGCGUGUGCAGCAGCUCAAUGGACACGGCAACAAGUCGGCAACAACAGCAGCAUUGCCUCCCUUGAGGGGCACACAGCGCGGCUCGACGGUGGGCAAUAAGUCGACGCGGCAGCUAAAGCAACAGCACAAUGCUGCAACCACAGGCGCUUCGAAUGGCUCCAGUCCCAGCUCGGUGCACACUACCAAGUCAGCGACCAGUCGCCUCUCGUCGGUCAGCAGCACGCUCUCUACGCGUGAGCUCUUCAAGCAGCGCUCCAUUUCGGUGCCGGCGGGCGGUGAAGUGCCGGCCAAAGGACGUCACAGUUUUCUCUCGGCCAAAUCGCGUGAGAUACUUGCCAAGCGUGCCGAGAAGAAUAAGCUGCAACAGCAACAACAACAGCAGCAGCAACAGCAAAAUCAGCAGCAACACAGCUCUGGCGAUGAGCGUAGUAGCCAACAACUGAGAGCAUCUGCUGGUCCGUUGCGCUCCUCAUCACAUUCCGCCGUUAGCAGCAUGCUGCAGCAGCACAAUCUGCGCAACAGUCUGCCCUCAAAUAUACCCACUCGACGUCCUAAUACGCUGCAGUUGCGCAAAACAACCACAACAACAACUAAUGGUAAUGUUAAGCACAGCACAAAUGGUGGCGGCAUUGGCAUCAUGAACGGUCAUCAAUACACCAAGGCGGCGCAGGCGGUUAAACAGAAACUGGAUUUGCUCAUCGAUCACGCGCAGCUGGAGAGCAGCGGCAAUGGUGAUCAGCGUGUCGAGUCCAAGCUGGAGCGUUCCAGCACCUUUUGCAAGGAUAGCGCUGACUUGGAUCUGGAUGUCAGCGAGCUGCAAAUUGUCGAGUAAUUAUACAAAAAGGUCAUAUUAAAUAUGUGCCGAAUCGAAACACCCAUACACGUCCCAUAAGGCAACUCUAGUCAAUAAUAGCAUGUAGUUGCAGCAGGCGCAGGAAUACCACUAACUAUAACAAACCAAUAAUCAAUAAUAGAGAUCAAAAAUGUUACUACGAAGCGAAAAGAAGCAACAAACUCCAAACUCCACUUAUAUGAUAGCAGUUAUAUACAUAAAUAUUGUCGUUAAUCCUCCCCCCAAAAUUACCUACAUAUUAAUUACUAUUACCACAUAUUAUUAGAGAAAUGCAAAACUGGAGUCGAGUCGAUUCGAGACAAUGUCAACAAUUGAAAAGAAAAAUCUAACAAAA